AUGAUGUUCCCCAGCCUCAUUGCUCCUCCAGCAGUGUACCCCAAUCUCCUAAGACCUACUCCUACGCUCACGCUGCCUCAGUCUUUGCAGUCUGCUUUCUCUAGCCACUCCAGCUUCUUGGUGGAAGAUCUGAUCAGAAUCAGUAGGCCGGGGAGUUACUUGCCCCGGAGCGUCCCCCAGCCCACUUUGUCCCCUCCAACUUCAGGAGCCACCUCUGCCAUGACUGACACAGUGACCUCAGAUUUAGUCAGCUCCUCCGCUUCCAGCAGCCGGCGAGGGUGCUCCCCUCAGACUUCUGCGUCUCAGGCAAACGAAGCCACUUUCCUCAAGUUCGGAGUGAACGCCAUCCUGUCGUCGGCUCCCAGAACGGAGACUUCCCCUGCCUUGCUUCAGAGUGUACCUCCUAAGAGUUUCUCCUUUCCCUAUUUCGAAGGAUCCUUUCAGCCUUUUAUCAGAUCCUCUUAUUUCCCAGCCUCGUCCUCAGUGGUGCCCAUCCCUGGCACUUUCUCCUGGCCCUUGGCAGCGAGGGGCAAGCCCAGGCGGGGAAUGCUUCGCCGGGCAGUGUUCUCCGAUGUGCAGCGGAAAGCGCUGGAGAAGAUGUUCCAAAAGCAAAAGUACAUCAGCAAACCUGACCGGAAGAAGCUGGCGGCCAAACUGGGCCUAAAAGAUUCCCAGGUGAAAAUCUGGUUUCAGAACCGUCGGAUGAAGUGGCGGAACUCUAAAGAGAGAGAGCUCCUGUCUAACGGGGGCUGUCGAGAACAGACUUUACCCACCAAGCUCAACCCCCACCCAGACCUCAGUGACGUGGGCAAGAAAUGCCCGGGGGACGACGAGGAGGAAGAUGACGAAGAGGAGGAGAGCUCAACCCUGAGGCCGGCCAGUCCUCGCCAUUCCCUGGCCUUCCACCGCUCUUCUGAGCACCUCCACCUCCGCGAUCGGUUAGCAGCCCAGCUACCUCCCUCCCCCACUCACUCUAGCAGCCCCAGUAAACCUUCGGACUUUUCAGACUCGGAAGAGGAGGAGGACGAGGCCGAGGGGGAAGAGGAAGAGAUCACUGUUUCUUAGAAGGCCUUAGCCAAAGAGGGGACGAUAUUGACAAAUUAGACGGGGUCUCAUGAGUACUAUGGGUCCCUCCCCAUAGCCAGCUGUACCACUUCCAAGUAGCUCGCCUCUCCACCCCCCUACAAGUAUCAGCCAGGAGUUCUCCCGAUUUUACUAGUCUC